AUGACCUUCCUCACCACCCUCAUCCCUCUCCUCGCCCUCCUCACCCCCGCUCUUACCACCACCACCACCACCACCAAUUGCAGCACCGGCUCCUUCACCGUGAUGUCCGUCCGCUCAGGCACUUUCAUCCAAAACCUCCCCCUGACCGCCGCCGGCACCAACUUCUACCUAGGAGGCACGACCUCCACCGCUUGUCCAGAGGACGUAGCGGAGUACGAUGCCUGCCCGCCCGGAAACCAAACCGUAAUCGGCUACAGCAACUACCUGAGCUCCGAGUACAUCCAAGAAAUAUACGUCGACCCCACCGGCGCGCUGAAGUUUGUCGAAGCCCACACAACAUACAUGGAUUCCGGUGCGUCGACAAGCACGUUCUGCUACACGCCGGGUACGAGCUUCGGACAGUGGACGUAUACGGGCCUCGGGGCGACGGGGUUCAUGGCUUGCCCGCUGGAUGAAGACGAGGAGGUGAAUGGGGGUGGAUAUCAGGUUUUUGCUGCCAUGACGAAUGUGACGGUGCCGUCGGGGAAUGUGAGUGAUUGCUUGGAGUUCGAAGCUCUGGCUUACCCGUGGGUGUCGGAUGGAAGUUCGGCUGCGGCGUGGCAGUAUGAUUGA